AUGACCGCCUCAGGCCCAACGAGGCCUCCUCGCACAGCGCUGAUCGGCCUCUCGUCCUCUCCGACCGGCCACGGCUGGCUCAGUCACUUCCACCUUCCCGCGAUCCAGAAGCACACUGCUGACUUCCAGAUCGUCGCAGUCCUCAGCUCGUCGCUCGCGAACGCUCAAAAGGCUAUCGCGAAGCACAACCUCCCAUCCACGGUCCGCGCGUACGGCGCGCCUGAAGACCUGGCUAGGGACGAAGAGGUUGAUUUCCUGGUCGUCGGUGUCAAAGCGCCCCUCCACAGGACCGUGCUCAUGCCAUCUCUCCUGUCCAAGAGAUUGAAGGGCAUCUUUGUCGAAUGGCCUAUCGAUUGCUCAUUUGCCAAGACCGAAGAAAUCGUGCGUCUUGCGCGGGAGCAGGGUCUUCGCACGGCGGUGGGUUUGCAGGGGCGCUUCUCGACGAUCACCCAGCGAAUAUCUCAGCUCGUGCGCAGCGGUCAAUUGGGCAAAAUUCUCAGCACAACGGCAGUCGGCACGGUGCCCACGGGAGACGGGAAAUCCGAGAAACGCAGCUCCCAAUACGCCCUGGAUCCGGCCAAUGGGGCGACAAUGGUUGACGUGCAUUUGGCGCACUUCAUCGAGUGUCUGACGUUCGCACUGGACGCUGAUGUCGCGACCGUCUCGGGACAAGUGAAAACGAUGCAUCCCACGACGAAUAUCGUGGACGAUGACACGGGGGAGUCUGUCGAGAGGGACGCGCCAAAGAAGAGCCCCGACCAAGUCCUCGUCCAGGGGACGUUGAAAUCGAGAUCGAAACCGAAAACCGGACCGGGACCGGGACCGAAAUCACGGCAGCCGCGUGACGGAAGAGAAGAAAACAAUGACAACAACAACAACAACAACAUCGUCUACAGCAUCCACAUGCGCGGCGGGAACAGCAUCUCUGGCGGCAUGACCUGGCUGAUCUACGGCACGGACGGCGAGAUGGAAAUCACGACCCCACUUCGCAUGAUCCCGCACAUCAACCUGCCUGUCCCGUGGAAGAUUCGCAUGAAAAUCGAAGGCGAAGGCGAAGGUCAAGCGGGGACUAUAAGUGAAGUAGUAGAAGAAGAAGUCUCGGAGCAAGAAGCGGGACAGCCCGCGGUGGAUAGGCUCUGGGACGCGUUCGUACGCGGUGGGCAAGAAAGAGAAGGGGAAGGGCCGUGGGCGUGGCCGGACUUUGAACACGCGCUGAAAAUCCACCACGCGAUCGACGCAGUUUGGACGAGUAGUAGAGACGGGAAGGUCGUUGAGCUGUAA